GGACAAUUCGUGAGAGGGAGAGCGGAAUCCAGUAUUCUCUGAGAGAGUGAGAAAGGCGAAUGCAGAGAUUUGACGUCGUCAAGUUGCACAAAUUCAUGUGAAAUUUCGUGAGAAGUGUGUUCUUGAGGCAUUUUCGGCACUGAAAUUCCCUCAAAAUUCUCAGUGAUUAUCAAAAUUAUCCUUGUUGUGCAUCUCAAGCGUUAGUGAGUGGAGAUUAGUGAUUUGUGAAUCUUCGAAUCCGUCUUUCCUGCCCAGAAAAUGGCUCCUGGCAAUCAAAUUGUGGAUUUCGGCGAUGAAUCGCACGGCUCGCGUCUGGCGCGGAAGACCAAAGAGGCUCCCUUUAUGCCAAUCGGUAUCGCGGGCUUCCUGAUAGUGGGCGCCAUUGGGGCGUACAAGUAUCGCCACCGUGGCUCGAUGAGCACCAGUGUUUUUCUCAUGCAACUCCGCGUGGCGGCGCAGGGCACGGUCGUGGGGGCCUUGACCAUCGGGCUGGCCUACACGAUGGCCAGGGAGUACCUGUUUCCGCUGCUAGAUAGCAAAGACAAGGGCGAGGCCAAGUGAGGCGUCUCCGGAGAGUGAAUUAGCGAAUUUCUGUCUGAACCGUGAGUGCCGCAAAGGCGCCCCACGAAUUGACGAGUGGAUGGAUGAGAAACACUUGAGAAUGAAUGCUUUAGAGUAUAUAGAAAAUGCCCGUGAUAUCAAUUCUCAUAAAGUGUAUUUAUUCCCAUUUGACAUUGUGAAUGAGAAAAUACAGUAAAUUCUAUUUUUGUGGUGUAAA